AUGUUUACGGAGAACCACGUGACCACUGUCGAUGCACGACUCAUCGGUAUUGCACGAGAGAUAGCUGACGCACGUUGCCCUGCGGAUAUUCUACAGAGGAGUUUUGGUUCUGCUGUGUUAGCGGCUACGUACAGAGGCCUGUGCAAAGCUUGCUUGUUGAAGUCUAGAAAAUCUAGUCUUGUUGGAUGUCCAUUAUUGUUGCAGCUCUGGUCAUACGAGAGAUUCCCUAUUGGACGACCCUAUGUCUACGUUGAUAAACCUUUUGGUUUGGAGGACUUAGCUGGGACUUAUGUGCCUGCUAUCGGCGACUUACCUACUAUGGGAUCUGUUUGGACACGGCGAGAGUUUGCGCAUACUCAGGUUAGGGGAUGCUACCCGUCCUUCAUGGCGCAGUUUGAUAGUUUGCACGAGGAUCAAGUUAUUUGGGAGCCAUACUCGCCUCAGGCUAUAUCAUCGAGGUACCCAGUUGGGAUUUCUGGAUUGUGCACUAGAGAUCGGCACUUUUGGAUGACCAAGGCCAAGUUGGUGUUCGACGUGACGGUUGAGGAGAUGUCUCUUCAUAGGGUGAUGAGACAGUUCGGUCUAUAUCAACAGCCUGAGAUUCCAGAUAUUCCACACUUGCCAGACCACGUGCACAAGUAA